AGACCCACCCAUAUACCCAUCCCACAUGGAAGUGGUGAGAAAAGGCACUUCACCAAAACCUGGCCUCUUCAUUUCCCUCCUUAUUUGGUAAUAAUUAAAUAUUAAAUUAACAUUUUCUUGAAUUUUAAUAUUGAUUUUUGCCUGCGUUUUCUCUCUUAUCAUGCCCUGGUCUACACAUGGAUGGUGGACUUUACAUUCAUUGAACAACUAACUAAUCCAAGCUUCUCUGGGCUGUCUUCAUUUCUUUUCUUUUCUUUUCUUUUUUUAUAUUUUUUUGGGUGUUUUAUUGAGGGAUUUGAGCAAAACAUUUUGUUCUUGGAUCUGGGAAGGUUCUUGUUAUUGUUAAUGCAUUGGUAUUAGUUUCGUCGCAGGUUGAAUGUUCUGCUGAAACAUCUCUGUGUUCUUUUGCUUCUCAUUGUGGAUAUAGUUUGAGUUUCUUUAGUGAAGAAUUGAAAUUGCUUGGUUUGACUGAAAAGAUUUGAUUUUGGAUUGUGGGCUGUCUUGUUACACUUCGAUUGUGGAGCAGAAUGAGUUAAAUCUUGAAGGGUUCUUGGCAGAUUGUCUGGGGUUCUGUUGCAAAGCUUGAAUUAAUCAAGUGAAAUUUGAACAGUAAUUGACUUAAAGGAAUUGCAGUCAGGAGGGAAUUUGCUGGUCAAAUAUGUGUGUAUGGUGUUGAGGGAGAUUAUGUUAAUUCUUGCUGCUUGAAAUGCUUGUAAAAUAUUGUCUAAGUUCUGAGGGUAUCUUUCUGCCAUUGGCUUGGUGUAGUUUUGAGACAUAGGGAGAGUAUAUGGGAAAAUUCUGGUUUUGGAGCCAGGUUUUUGCAUUGAUGAAUAGCUAUGAAUAGAGCAUUUGGAUUGAACGAAACGGUGGAGGAUAAUUAGACCUUGAGAAAGUUUCUGGUGAUUUUGUUAUUGUGAUCAACGAGGGGGGCUGAAGAUGGCAGCAAAGCUUUUGCAUUCCUUAACAGAUGAUAAUCCAGAUUUACAGAAGCAAAUAGGAUGUAUGACUGGGAUCUUUCAAAUGUUUGAUCGUCAGCAUAUGCUUACCAGUGGUAGGCGAAUUGUAGGCCACAGCCCAAAAAGGCUACCUUCUGGAAAUUCCCAGUUCAAUAGAGAUACUCUGGAAAGAGAGUCCAACACCUCACAACUAAGAUCUGCAUCAGUGGAAACGUACUCACACAAGAAUGUGCAAGACCGACAACGAGUCUCCACGGAGUCAUCCAGGGCUUCAUUCUCAUCUUCGUCCCGGUCAUCUUCUUUCUCUUCUCUUGACUGUAACAGAGCUACUACUCAAUUGGAACCAGCAUCCUUUGACCGAAUUAUUUUUCCUGAAAACCCUCCAAGGGAUCCAGCAAUGAACCAGCAAAAUACAUCCCCACAAUUUACUCAACAAACCAUUGAUCUUCGGGAUUUGGUGAAGGAUUCCAUAUACAGGGAAGUUCAGGGUGUAUCUAUUAAAGCGAAAACCGUAGAGGAGGCUACAGUUCCAUAUAGAGAUUCGCCAAGACUACAGUCAAAAGCUAGUGAUGAUUCUUGUGGCUCAGGUCUUGACAAAAAGCAAAGUACGGCUGCUGAUCUGAGGGAAUCUCUUAGAGUUCUUGCUAAGCUUCAAGAAGCACCUCGGUACCAUAACGAACCUAGAGAACUUAUGAGAUCAUCGUCCUACCACUCAAAGGAUGGGCCGUCGUUUUCGAUCUCAAAAGAUGCCCCUCGGUUUUCUUAUGAUGGAAGGGAGAUGAACCGCACAACCUUUAAUUCACGGGAUGGUUCCAACUCUGCCUUAAAGCUUAAAGAUCUUCCAAGACUUUCAUUAGACAGUCGAGCAGGUUCAUUGAGGAGUGUGAAUGCUGAUCCUAAAUCCAACUUGAAACCUAUGCCAAAGGGUAGUGGUGCUUUUGAUGGAAAGGUUCAGAGUCAGCAACAAACACCUGGAAAUCCAGCACGGCCUCCAAGUGUUGUAGCAAAGCUGAUGGGUUUGGAAACGCUACCUGACUCCUUACCAUCUAGUGAUGCCAACAUGGGUUUAACUAGAAGUUAUCCAGAUGCAGAUUUUGUUGAGAGAAGAGAUCCAAGCAAAAUAAUUCAAAUAUCCAGUUCUUCAAAGAACUCUUUGAAGGAGCCUAGCUCACCACAUUGGAGAAAUUCGGACAGUUCAAUGAAACCCAUGUCACGAUUUCCAAUUGAACCAGCACCGUGGAAGCAGAUUGAUGGGUCAAGGGGUUCUCAGAAAGCAGCCUCCAGAAGUACAAGAGGUCCAUCAAAGGCUCCAACCGCAUUUCCGUCUGUUUACAGUGAGAUAGAGAAGAGACUGAAAGAUAUUGAAUUCACACAAUCUGGGAAGGACCUUAGAGCACUUAAACAGAUAUUGGAAGCAAUGCAGGGUAAGGGACUCCUAGAAACCCCAAAAGAGGGACAAGGUUCAAAUUUCACCAGUCAUAAAGACAGUGAGCAAAACAUUUUAACUUCCACAAAAUCAGUAGACGACCAAAAGCCACAGACCGGUGACGUUUUUGCUUCCGCAAAGAGGAGGACAGGUUCUGCACGAACUUACGAGUCUCCAAUUGUGAUAAUGAAACCAGCUAAACUUGUCGAGAAAUCUCGUCUACCUGCUGCUUCUGUAAUUUCACUUGAUGGCUUAUCUCGUCUACCGAAAAUUCGGAGUAGUGAGUCUACUGAUAAUAGUAAGGUUCAAAGCAGUGUCGUGACAUCUAAAGAUCUGAGGUUUAAAUCUAGCCAACAGGACAAUGUUCUAAAUUCUGCCAACACGAAAAAUGACAAAACUCUAAAAACCACACAGACUUCAACUAGAUCCCAGCACUUGGCCAAAGAGGGCAAUGCUGGGUCAGGAAAGAGUUCAGGAUCCAUCAGCCCAAGAAUCCAACAGAAGAAACUUGAGGCAGAAAGAAGAUCUAGACCACCUACCCCUCCUGAUUUAAGCAAAUCAAAAAGAUCGUCAAACAAGCCACAGGGCCUGUCCAACUCUCCAGGUGGAAAAAGACGACCAAAAUAUAUCAACUAUCAGCUAAGUGAAGACCAACUAAGUGAGGUCAGUUUUGAAUCAAGGAAUUUAAGUUCUCAUGAAAAUGAAAAUGAGGAUUCAGCUCAAAUAAACGAGACUGUCCUACUGGGCUCCAGCAAUGCUGAAGUGACUAGUUCUGAAAGAUCUCCUGGCAUAAGCAGUCUCCAGAGCCCAUCUAAGAAAACCUCUGAGUUUAUGCUAUCUGGCUCGGUAGAGAAGAAAUCUACCCUGGUGUUGUGUGAAGAAGAAUCAGCAGAACUAGGUUUUGUUCGCAUUGAAUACUCCAGUCCCGUCUCUGUUCUUGACAAUGUGGUGUACAAACAUGAUUCUCCUCCUACAGAAUAUGCAGGGAAGCCCUUCAAAGUGGAUGCAUCAACGGGUAAUGAGAGGAACCCAACUGCCGCUCAAGAGAGUUCAGUGGAUGGUUUUGAUCCCAACUCCAUGAAAUCUGGUGCUACAUUUGAAAUUAACAGAAAGAAACUGCAAAACAUUGAGAACUUAGUUCAGAAGCUCAGACGGCUCAACUCCAACCAUGAUGAAGCCCACACAGACUACAUUGCCUCGCUAUGUGAGAACACUGACCCGGACCACAGAUAUGUUUCUGAGAUUCUAUUGGCUUCUGGUCUCCUCCUAAGAGACCUCAGUUCGAGCCUGUCAGAUUUCCAGUUUCAUCCCUCCGGUCAUCCUAUCAACCCUGAGUUGUUUUUAGUCUUGGAACAAACAAAGGGAAGCACUUUAUUGAAGGAAGAAUGUGGCUUAAAAAAGACAGCUCAAUUGACGACAAGUGAGAAGUUUCAUCGGAAACUCAUAUUUGACACUGUUAAUGAGAUUCUUGCCAGAAAAUUAGUCGAGGGAGGUCCACAUUUUGAGGCUUGGUCAAGGCCGAGGAAGCUAGCCAGAACUGCCCUCAAUGCUCAGAAGCUUCUUAAAGAAUUAUGUUCUGAGAUUGAAGAGCUUCAGGCCAAGAAUCCAAAAUGCAUCUCUGAUGAAGAAGACGAUGGGUGGAAAAACAUCUUGUGCAAUGAUGUCAUGCAUUGGUCAGAAAGCUGGAUAGACUUUGAUGCUGAAAUCUCAGGUGCAGUCCUUGACAUUGAGCGGCUGAUAUUUAAAGAUUUAGUUGAUGAGGUUGUGAUUGGGGAGUCUGCCGGUUUGAUAACGAAACCAGGCAGGCGUAAACUCUUUGCAAAGUAGAUCAUAUUCAGCUUGCUGUCUUUCAUCCA